AUGGAGGGGACCAGAGUGACGCACCAGGGGGUGCGGGCGCACUCGGUCGAGGGCUCCGCUGGACGGAUCACCCAGGCCGGGCUGGCGGCGAGAAGCACUGCGGGUACGGCCGCUAAGGGCAUGGCUAUUAAGGGCCACGAAGACCUGUGGGUGGUAGAUCUAGUGGAAGACUUUCGGGAUGGCACAGUUUUGUGCUCACUAGUGGAAGCGCUCCAGGGUCGCAGGCUUAAAGGGUGGAGCCCUAACCCCAGUAAUCAGCACCACAAGUUAGAAAAUGUCACCACCGCGUUGCAGGCCAUUGAAGAUGAUGGAGUUAAGCUGGUCAAUAUUGGCAAUGUUGACAUCGUCAAUGGUAAUUUAAAAUUGAUCCUGGGACUGAUUUGGUCGCUCAUCGUCCGCUACCAGAUCGGCCGAAGCAAGUUCCCUCCGAGAAUGCAAGGUGUCCAACUUGACCAGCGAUUGGAACAGUGGAGUUUUGCUGUCCGCUCUUCUGGACCAUUGCAAACCUGGCAUAUUCCCACAUUGGCGCGAGCUGAGUAUUUCGAUGUGCCCAUGGUGUUGGAGCCGGAGUACCUCGCAUCACCCUGGCUGGAUGAACUGUCUGGCAUGACUUACCUGUCGUACUUCAUGAAACCUGGUUCGCCUGGGUACAGAGCUACGUUGGACUGGGUCAACUCGCGUCUGGAACGAGGAAUUACGAAUUUCACGACGGAUUGGAACGACGGCCGCGUUGCGAACGAACUUGUAAGGUCUAUGGGUGGUCCUGCUCCGCCCACCAGUAGACUGCGACGUGACCCUGCGCGCUGGGAAGAAAACAACCAACAAGCUAUUGAUGCUGCCAAGAAAAUCGGAGUUCAACCAGUGCUAUCAGCCAAAGAUAUGAGUCAGAACGAUGUGGAGCACUUGGGAGUGAUGGCUUGGGCGUCGCAAUUCCGCAACGUUCCUCCGAGGCCUCCGGUGCACGACAUGUUACGAGUGGCAUUGGACUCAACAUCUGGAAGGGUCGGAGAAGAGACUUACAUCAAAGUUGAGUCUCUGUCUAACAAGCUCUCCAUCUCAGAUGUGAAGGUUUCCGUAGUGAACCCUCUAGAACAGGAGUCUAGAUUGAAAUUAGAUGCUCGAGGUGCCGGAGAAUUCAUUCCUGAACAUGCUGGUAUGCACGAAAUAGUCCUCACAGUGGAUGAUAUCAGAGUUGAUGGGCGAUACUUCUUCAGGGUGUUGCCUAGGUUGGGAGGUCCAUUCACGUGCGAAGUUUUCGAUCCAUCCGGCGUUAGACUCAGUCCCGGAGCGUUGGAUGGUGCUGAACCCCUGAAGCCGCACUCUUUCGAGCUGGACACCUCUGGCUGCGGAGUCAAGGGUGAUCUGCAGCUGGACAUCGUUCAUGACAAGCGAAGCGUCAUGUGCGCUUUGGAGAAACUCUCCGCAACUAAAUAUCGCGCUACUUUCAUGCCUAAGGCACCUGGCAAACAUAGGUUAUAUAUCUACUUUAAUGGCUACGACGUCCACGGCUCCCCACAUAUGUUCCGAGUGGGUGCACGUUCGAAAAAGUCCCGAGAGAGCUCUAGCCCAUCAUAUGCUAGAAUAUCCAGUCCAGUGACGCGUUUGAGAUCAGAGAGCCCGCUAAAUAACUUCAAUAUUUACGAAUCCAACGCGUCGAAGCACACCAACACGAGCACUGCGGAGCGUCGAGAUUCCAGCGAUUAUUACAAAACCUUCAGUUCGGAUGUGAAAGACAAGACUUAUGACGUCACCGACUCCGCCUAUUCCACGUCGAGAGUGCAUAAAAAAGAGAGUACAUACAGAUACGGUUCGGAAAGUCCUAGGAAUAGGACCGCCAGCCCUAUAACGACGAAGCAUUUUGGUAAUGGCUCCCAUUUGGACGUCGGGGGGUCUAGUCCGUACAGAGCUUCGAGUCCGUACCGAGCUUCGAGCCCAUAUCGAGCUACGAGCCCUGUCGCUCGAACAGCAAGCCCGCUAACAAGGAAAGACAGCCCGUUAAAUAGAACGGCUAGCCCAAUUAACAGAGUAAGCAGCCCAAUUGACCGUCAUAGUCCCGUGACGACCACCAAGAAAGUGGUAGAAAAGCGGUCCAAUUACAAGAUGUACAGCUCUUACAGCGGAUCUCAAGAUAACCUGGACCAGAGCAGUCCCUAUGGAUCCCUAGAGAACGACCGUGCUAAAAGACUUGGCAGUCCAAGCGUAGGCGAUCCAGGCGGGAUGUCGUAUCAGUCUAGAAAAGACUCAUUGGAGCCGAUUGAGAAAACUAGGCAAAUGCUGAGCAGUAAUAGAUUGGAGUCUCCAGACCGGUACCUCAGCACCUUGGAGCGAGAGACAAAACGGAACACGCAGAUGAACAAAUUCAGCGACUUCUCACGGGAAUCCUUCAACAAGCACUUAGAUCGGUUGGCGGACGACCGCGAUUCAGACACAUAUACCAGUCGGCAAGAGUUCAGCAAACGUGAGGUGCACGAGAAAUCUUACGUGGUGCGCGACUCCUCAUACAGCAGCGUGGAGGAGAAGCAGCAACAACAACAUCAGCAGCCUUUUUUAUCCAAUAGGCCCCCCCGCGACCCUACCGGGGGGGCCCGCUCUGAGACGGACGCUGCACACGCCCGUUUCAGACCAAUUCAAUGGGAUAAUAACAGAGGCGCCAGAGGAGUAAUCGUAAAACCAACUAUGAGAGGUGUCGUGGGACAACCUGUUGAGUUCAUAGUGGACUGUAGUACAGCUGGCCCGGGACACUUAGAAAUAGAAGUAUCAGGAGGGAACGGAGCGCUGGUGGCCAGCUCUGUGCGACCGCUCGGCGGGUUCCGAUACGCCGCGUCCUUCACCCCUAGAUUGCUUCGACCGCACGCCGUGCGAGUCACUUUCAACGACAACCAUGUUCCGGAGCUAGAAGUGUCAGGAGGGACUGGAGCGCUGGAAGCCAACUCGAUGCGACCGUCGGCGGGUUCCGAUACGCCGGGUAAGGGCGCGGCAUGA